UUUGUGUCUUCAUUACCUCUGAUGCUUUCACAGUGUGAUGCGGUUCCCAAAGGGGCACGUUUUGGGUUGGGGUUGUGGGGGUGAGUGAGGAGAUGGGCUGUUCUGUGUUGGCUAAUGCUCGGGGUGACCAAUGGCAGCAGCAGAAUUAGCCAUACCUCUGCAGGUUUGCCUUCUAAAGUGAAAGCCUGUUUGUUUUUAAACCUCUGAUUCAUCAACGGAACAAAUGGAGGGGCUUGGGAACACUCAAAAUGUGGUAGCAGUUUCGUGAGCAAUGAAUGAAAGGUGCUACUGCGUUCUUUAAAACUCUCUCGUAGGUGAUGGCUGCUGUCACUGAGGCUUCAAACUCUGGGGGGAAACAGCUUCCUAAUAAUAGAGAAACUAUGAUCUGGAAGCCCAGAAAAGAAUGUUUGGUGAAGAAUAUUCCAAAUGUUCCUGAUGGCAAGUCUGAAGAAAGUGAAUCUGCUUCUACCUUUCCCAAUCAAGGUGAUGUCAGUGGCUCUACUGAUAAUGGUUGGUACAAUAUAUAUGCUGACCUGGAUGUGUGGGAUAGUGAAGUCUCCAAUGUACCUGAGUCUCCAGGGCAGCAAGGUGCAUCUGAGUAUGAGGUGGAGGACUGGGAUAAAGAAUUGGAGGAGGCUACAUGUGGUCCUUACGAUGCUGAUGAUCUCUCCUGUGGAAGCUUUGAGGAAAAUAAUCUUUUCGGCUCUUAUGUAUGGGAAGAGGAUUGGUUUUACAACCCAGGCUGUCACCACACACCUUGCUUUGCUUUUCCACCACAAGUUAGAACAGUUGAGAAGGGCCAGUUUGAUGAUGCUGAUGAAUGAGGUUGAUCCUGGUCAGAAAUAAAUUUGGCUUCUGAGCUGGAUUAUGUUCCUCACCCAUUGAGCUGUGUCAAGUCCCUUGGCUUUUUUGCAGAGUUGGGCCUGAGGCCAGAAAUGCGACACCAUUUCCAAGGUUUUGCUUAGACUGUUUCUGAGCUGUUCACAAACUGACCACCCUUGCCCUGGAGACAAGAGUGCGGGUGCUGGCUGUAAGGAGUCACUGCAUUUCUGGAGGUUUUGUUUGUAUUGUAUGUUACUAGUUAAUUGCCUGAGGAGAAAUAUUUAAUUUCUAAACUUCAGCUUGUUUGCCAGGCUUCUGUCAGUUUUGUCAUGCUGAUCCCUGUGUUUUUGUGUAACUUGUAGUUUUCUUUCCUUUUCAUUUUAUGCUGUCAGAUUGGUUUGGAUAGCUUUAAAAACUCUCCCUCCUUCAAGCUUCUCUGUUGUAUUUCCAUAUGGUUCUAAUGUCCAUUUGUGAUUCUGAUACUGCUGUUUAACAAAAUCAGCUGUGGCAAGUACAGAAGGAGUUGUUUUGUGUUUUUUUGUGUAUUUCAGCAUAAAGGAAUUACAAACAAUGA